AUACGAUCCAUUGAAUGGAUUCCAUCGAAAGUUCUUCUGUUGAUCAUACAAAUGGCAAAAUGCAUUGGAAAAAACAAUUACCACCUCUUUUACAAGGGUUUUAUUUUCAAUUAUUGGCAGGCAUCAAUGAUGCUAACCUAGGUAUCAUUCUUCCAAGUAUCAAGGCUCAAUAUGGUUUGACUCAAUAUGUGGUCUCGAUUGUUUUUCUUUGUACUACGGCUGGGUAUAUGCUAGCGGCUGUGAUGAAUGGUUAUCUUAUUCGUAAAUAUAAUCAAGUUGGUACUGCGAUGAUUGGUUCCGUUUCAUUGGUGGCUGGUUACUUGGUGUUUAGUUGUCCGAUUCCUUUCCCUGUGCUUUGUGUGUUUAUGAUCUUCAUUGGGUUUGGUUUAGCUUUGGUGCAAAGUUGUAGUAAUGUCAUUUCUAGUCAAAUGCCUCGAUCUACAGUGAUAUUGAAUUUUUUACAUGCUUUUUAUGGAUUUGGUGCGUUAUUGGGACCUUUGAUUGCUUCUGGUCUUCCAGGAUGGCAAGACACAUAUCGAUUAUUUUGUGGAUUGUCAGGAUUCAGUAUUGUUCUUCAAUUAUUUACAUUCCAUGAUUAUGAUCCUCCCGUUGAACAACAAGAAUCAUCCACUACUGAUAAGGAUCAUCAACGUAUUAUGUAUGAUACACUCCAUCAACCUAUUCUGUAUGCAUGUGCUGUGUUUUUAUUACUUUAUGUUGGUACGGAAGUCUGCAUUGGCAAUUGGGGCUAUACUUUCUUGAUCACAGCACGCAGUAAUGAUACAACGGCCAUGGCACAUAUCAUGACGGGCUAUUGGGGAGGUAUCUGUGCUGGUAGAUUAGGUUUGAGUUGGUUAACGUUUAAAAUCGGGGAGAAGAAGAUGAUCUAUAGCUAUGUGAGUGUUUUGAUUGGUAUGCUCUUCCUUUUAUGGUUUGUCCCUUUAGUUUCGGUCAAUGCUACUGCUUUGGUCAUCAUUGGCAUCACCAUUGGUCCCCUUUUCCCCACCACCGUGGCUUUGACUACUAAAGUCGUACCUGAUCAUUUGCGAGCCACCACCAUUGGUUUCCUUUGUGCGUUUGGUUCUGGUGGAUCAGCCUUGUUUCCAUACGCAGGAGGGGUAUUGAUCGGUUCUCUUGGUGUACGUUCUUUACUUCCAUUUUGUAUCUCUAUGGCAAUCAUGAUGCUGAUUUCUUGGAUCUUUGUCCCCAAUCCCGACUCUACUCAUACUUUUUAUUGUUGGAUCAAAAAUCGACUUGGCAAGAAAACGUCUAACCAACCAACCACUGACUCUAUCUCUCUCACCAUCAUCACUUAACUCACUCAUACAUACAUAUGUUAAGAUAAUAAAAAUAAAAAAAAGAGAGAGAGAGACGAAUGAAUC